AUGCGCGCCUUAAACGCCGGUGCGCGCCAUUUGAAGCGCCUUCCGGCUCAUCUCCAUUUCGAGACGGCUACCGUAUCCGAUCUGCCGGCCCUUUCCGAUCUGUUCCUCCAUCAAUUCGUCCGCUGCGAGCCCCAUUCCAGAGCAUUCCACAUGGGCGACGAGGCGGCCCCUCUAUUCGAGGCGAUCGCCGAUUCCUGUGUUCGCCAGCCGUACUCCCUCAAAUUAAUUGACGACAAAAAGGACAAUCGUGUUGUUGGGUUCCGUCUGCUGGGUAUUGGCCAUCGUGAUCCAUCACUCGAUCCAUUCCCCAUUCAGCCACAAGUCAACGCCCCAAAUGUUCUCACUUUAAUGGCGAUGCUGGAGGAGACGAAGCGGCUGACAUUGGAGGCAUUGCCCGACAUCCACAAAAUGCUACGCCGUGAGAUCUCGUUCAUCACUUCCGAGUAUCAGCAUCGUGGCAUUGGGGCCCUCAUGCUCCAUCACAAACUCGACUUCCAGCAGCUCAAGGCAGAUGGAGUGCAGGGUAUCGUCUCGGAGGCGACAUCAAAGGCCAAUCAGCAUCUUCUCUCUUCAAGGGGAUACAAGAAAGUGGCACAACUACCCGAUAGCGUCUACAAGCAGCUGUUCAUCCAUUUGCACGACGGAACGCGGAAUAUCGAGGCGUUCUUCUAUGAUUUGCGA